AUGACUAGUAAAAAUGAUGUUUUACAAUUAUUGGAUAUGAAUAUAUUAUUAACAAGUGAUGAUAUUCAAGUUAAUAAAUAUGUUUCUACAUUUAUACUUAUUAUGAGUAUUACUUCAAUAUUUACUCAAUUACUUACAAUAUAUCUAUUUUUAAAAAAACGUGAACUUUUAAAAAACACUUCUUAUCAAAUACAAAUGAUACUUGAAUUUUUGUGGAUGUAUGGUAAAAAUAUAUUACCUUCUUCAAGAUACUCUCAACUUACAGUUAAUAAUGUUUAUAGAAUUAACAUUUGUAUUAAUACUUUUAUUAUUACUUUACUUAUUUCUGAAAUAAGAAAAGAAAUCAUGUGCCUGUUGUCUUGUUCUAGUUAUAAACAAUCAACAUCUACUACUAAGUAA